AAAAAUGUCUAAACCAUCAAAAUUCGGCAAAAUUUGUGAUCUAAAAAAUCUUGCUCACAGUCAAAUUCACACGCACAAAAGACACACACACACACACACCAGGUGAAUUAAUUAAUUCAAACACAUUUAGAAAAAAAAUAAAGACAAUAUAUGGCCGUAGAACCCUUACCGGCGGCCCAAUCCGUCAGCUUCCGAGCGCCGCCGCCGUCUCCUGUGGCUCCCGGCCGGAGAUCCCCGUUCUCGAACGAAGACGUUCUAACGGAAUACCUCGAGCAAUCCCUAAAAGUCCCUGACCUAAUUCUCCCCGACAGAGUUUUCCCCAAGCAAAAAUCAGCUCAAAAUCCACAGAAAGUCGACUUGCAGGACUUAAUAUCGCCGGAAAAAGAUUCCGUCGGUGAGAUUUCCGAGAUGGUCGCGCAGACAGGGUGCUUGGAAGUGGUGAACCACGGGAUCCCACGCGAUUUGAUUCGGCUUGUCCUGUUUCUCUCGGCCGGCAUUUUCGAGAUUCCGACGGAGAAGAAGAAGGCGGCGACGAGGUCGACGGAGAGGAGGUAUGGAUUCGAGGAGGCUCACGGGGAGGAGGAGAACGGAGAUCAGAGUGAAGAGUUUUUGUGGUGUGGAGAUGAAGGGAUGAGGUCGGAAAUGGAGGGAAUUUGGCCUUUUGGAUAUUCUAAUUUCAGUGGAUCAACUAAUUUUCAUGUUUAUUCCAAGAAAGGUUGGUUCUCAUUUUGCCCUAAUGAGGACUCAAUAGUCAUCACAAUUGGAGACAGGUUGCAGGUUUGGAGUGGCGGAGAAUAUAAGCAUGUAAUUGGUCACCCAAUAUUUAAAGACGAAGCUGAAAAAUGCAUUUCUAUGGGUUUCCUAUUUUGCCCUCCGAACCUCAAGAACACUGUCAAAGAUGACAAGUCUGUGACAAUUACACUCAGCCAGCAGAUAAUUUUUGCUGUAUUGAUUACUCUUGUUUACCAAUUCUCAUUUUAUAUUUACCAUAUGUGGAAAAGAAAAACUGAAAAAAAGAGAUUCUACUCCACUGGUUUCUGCGUCUGUCAGUGUGUUCGAGUUGAGAAAAAAAUGGACGAUAAAUUCGAGACUGUGAAAAAGGAAGACGAUGAUUUACCUGAAUUUACAUUGUCAGAGGUACUCCAAAUGGAGAAAUCAUUCAAGAAAUUGAAAGAUACGCCAAUCGGUCAGGAGUUAUAUGAGGAGCUUUCUGUUAAGUUUAGUUCUUCUCCUUACCGUUCUGAAAAGCCUCCCAUAAAAUGGGAACAGGUGCAAGUUUGGUUUCAGAAUAAACAAACAGCUUUGUCAGCAGAAGUUGUUCCUUCUUCAGCCGAUGAACCAAAGGUUGAAUCAAAGGCGGUGAUAACUGAAAAAAGGACUAAAGCACCAACUAUUUCUGCCAGUGAAGCAGCUAAAGUGCUCCCAGACCUGAUUUUCGAAGCUCAAUCAGCUAAGGAUAAUGCAUGGUUUGACGUGGCAUCUUUUCUGAGCUACAGAGUUCUUCACUCGGGGGAAUUGGUUGUGCGAGUGAGGUUUUCUGGUUUUGGAAAAGAUGAAGAUGAAUGGGUGAGCGUGAAGCGAGCCGUACGUGAACGCUCGAUUCCUUUAGAAAAUUCAGAGUGCCACAAAGUCGAUAUUGGAGACCUUAUGCUUUGCUACAGGGAAGCCGAGCACAAUGCACUAUACUGUGAUGCUCGUGUUACGGAAAUCGAGAGGAAGCCACAUGGCGGCAAUCAAUGCACGUGCAUCUUUACUGUUCGAUAUGAAGAUGAUUACAGUGAGGUUGUGUUUUCCUGCUGA